GUCGACAGGUGCCCCCUGCGAUUGGCAACAGCAAGAAGAAGAAGAAUUUUCUAUGUGUGUUUUGUUCAGUUGCUGCAUGGAAAAAUAGUAUUAUUGGCCAUAUUCCUAAAACUAAAGCCCUAAAAACACCCAAUACACAAGGAAAAAGCAUUCAAAAUGAUGCUCUUCAUGCUGCUGUUUAGCCGGCAGGGAAAGCUUCGACUGCAAAAGUGGUACAUGGCAUACCCCGAUAAGGUGAAAAAGAAGAUCACCCGCGAGCUAGUGACCACGAUACUGGCCCGGAAGCCCAAGAUGUGCUCCUUCCUGGAAUGGAAAGACUGCAAAAUUGUCUACAAAAGGUAUGCCAGCUUGUAUUUCUGUUGCGCCAUCGAGCAGAACGACAAUGAACUGCUGACUCUCGAGAUCAUCCAUCGCUAUGUGGAGUUGUUGGAUAAGUACUUUGGCAGCGUCUGCGAACUAGACAUUAUUUUCAACUUUGAAAAAGCGUACUUCAUUUUGGACGAGCUGCUCAUUGGCGGCGAGAUCCAGGAGACGUCGAAAAAGAACGUACUUAAGGCAAUCGCCUCGCAGGAUCUGCUCCAAGAGGACUUCAAUGAGUAUCUCAACUAAAAAAAAAAAAAAUAGAACUAAAAAUAAAAGAAAAAGAGUCCCCAAAAGAAAGCAAACCCCACCCAAAGAAGCAGUGUAAAGACCAUUUACUCUUACUCCCGAUCUGCGAAGAGUCUUAGUGGAGUGUCGAUAGGUCAGAUCAGUCAAACCUUCGCCCAGCUGUAUAUAUGUAUUGUAUAUUGCCCAGCUUUCACCCCCUGCGCUGUGAUGUUCAUCCAUAUAUGCAUUACCUGUUUGAAAGUUGUUUUCAUGCCAAAGCGAUUGUGCCGUGAACGAAAGAAACUAUAAAAAAAUACAGAUCCUUUCUCUGACACAUUCUACUCACAACUAAACACUUCUGCUGCAACUCCUACUACUACCACUACCACUACCACUACUUUUUCUACUACUUUCUUUUCCUUCUACUCUUCUCGUUCUUAUUGUUCUUAUUCUCUGUACUCCAGGACGAAGCCGUUGAGGGCACUUUAAGAGACAUUGGACUUCUCUAAAGAACUAGAACACCAUAGAACUUAUGUAGUUGAUAUUGCUAGCACACCUACACAAGUACACUAGUAAACAAGCACACACACCCAGACACCAAACCACAAAAAACAGACUCAGAUACACCCACCUCACACCAACAAAGCGAAACGUGUGCUGCACUCUGCUCCAUCCAAUUACCUCCACACGUGUGUGUUGCACAGCACCCGAGCGCUGUUUACUCAAAACUCCAAAUUUAAGCAAAACCGAUAUGCAACCGAAGCAGCGUGAGGCUCCACAAAGCAAUAAACCCACAAAAAUACAAAAGACUAUAUAGUAAACAUCAAGAGCAUCUGGCAUAUGGCAUAUGGCUUUCCAUCCACAAACACCCUCACACGACAAAUAGAACCGGCAAAGUUCAUGCAAAUCUAGCCAACCUCACGUAGUUCCAUCUCUGGGGUUCCUUCAACGAAAUUAAUAUUCUAUUUCCUAUCUACAUUAAAUAAUCGAAAGAUCAUUCCAAUCAAUCACCAAAAUGGGCAAUAACUAAUUUAGUGGGGAGAUACAUGCAAUACUAUUCUUACCAUAGAAACAAGUAAGCUUUAAUGUUGAAAUGAAAACAAAAAGGAGUUCGAUAUAUGAUUGAAAAUUGUAAUAAUCAUACCUUAGUGGUAACCAAAUAAAGUCUAGUUUAUGUAUUUCUACAAAUAUA